AUGCAGGCCAUUAAGAAGGCAAUCUCUUGGACACUUUUUAUACUUUCUUACUUAUUCAUGGAGGGUUCGUGCCAAGACUUUGGUGGUGGACAGACUCAAUUUAUUUGCACGUCGGUGCCCAAGGAUAUGGACAUAUGCGCCGCUACCUUGCAAAACAGUAUGCCUGGAGAGGAUCUGAAGACCACUGUAAUGCAGCUCCGGGAGACCGUCCUACAGCAGAAGGAGACCAUUAUGAACCAAAAAGAGACUAUCAGAGAACUGACUUCCAAGUUAACUCGCUGUGAGGGCCAGAGUGCGCCCGAGCCCGGACCUGGGGGAAGGAGAAAAGAGACGGGGACCAAAAAUACUAUGGGGGAUGUAUCAAGGGGUCCCUCAGACACUUUGGCGCAACUAUCGCAGACGUUACAGUCUCUAAAGCAGAGAUUAGAAAAUCUCGAGCAAUUCAGUCGGAACAACAACUCGGUCCAGGCGAACAGUCUGAAAGACCUGCUACAGAGUAAAAUCGACGAUUUGGAGAAGCAGGUGUUAUCCCGCGUGAACAGUAUAGAAGAUGGCAAGCCUGGGCUGCGGAACGAGACGGAGCAGCGCGGUAGAGUGGAGUCGACUCUCACAUCCCUGCACCAGAGAAUCACCGACCUCGAGAAAGGUCAGAAAGAAAACAGGCCGCUGGAUAAAUUCCAGUUGACAUUCCCGUUGAGGACCAACUACAUGUAUGCCAAAGUGAAGAAGAGUCUCCCUGAGAUGUACGCAUUCACUGUCUGCAUGUGGCUCAAAUCCAAUGCAUCACCUGGGGUGGGCACGCCGUUCUCCUACGCAGUGCCAGGGCAGGCCAACGAGCUGGUGCUGAUUGAGUGGGGGAAUAAUCCUAUGGAGAUACUCAUCAAUGACAAGGUAGCUAAAUUACCAUUCAUUAUCAACGACGGGAAGUGGCAUCACAUCUGUGUCACAUGGACAACUCGAGAUGGAGUAUGGGAGGCUUUCCAAGAUGGAGUCAUGAGGGGCAGUGGAGAAAACCUUGCUCCAUACCAUCCAAUCAAACCACAAGGUGUUCUGAUAUUGGGACAAGAACAGGAUACGCUUGGAGGGGGCUUUGAUGCUACACAAGCUUUUGUUGGAGACCUGGCGAAUUUUCAUAUCUGGGACCGGAAGUUGUCUAUUGGAGAGAUAUACAACCUGGCAACUUGCAGCAGCAAAGCGCAGAUAGGCAACGUGUUUUCGUGGUUGGAGAGCAGCAUUGAUAUUUACGGAGGAGCCUCCAAGUGGACAUUUGAGGCUUGUCGUCAACUGAACUGA